AGAAAUAUAUAAACAAAUUCUAGGUUUUUACAAAUUGGUCCCCCUGUGGCGUAGAUAAACAGGAAUCCCAGUUGUAUCAAGGACCUUUAUCUUUCUUUUGAUUUCGCCUGUUCGCUGUUAAAUUAAAUUUACCAAGAAAAACCAUGGAUUUCAAAUUCAUUAUUCCAGUUAUACUUCACAUUGGAGUCUUUUUUAUCAUACAAAUCAUAUUCAGUAGUUUUCAAAUUAGUUUGAAUGGGAAAAUUUGGUUUGAAGAUCGAGCAUCUUCCAACGGUGUCACCCAUGAACUUUCUGAAGUUCGGCAACUUUACGAAGGAUCAAGUAUUUGGUGUACCGGGGCCAACAAAACUGAGCGUAUCUGCAAGUUUAGGAAUCUUUGCUAUCAUCCAAUCCACCAGGAAUAUGUAUUUUUUCACGGCAACAAGACWGUGAUGGUUGGCUUACCCCAUGACCGGUUUCAGCCAGCCUUGCUUGACAUGUCAUCAGUAGAUGAUCACAACACUCAGUACUUCAACUUUGUGGAUGUUCCUGCAAAUUCGUUGGAUUCUUUCAGCAAUGUUACAUUUUAUAAUGGUCUGAGUUUUAUUUUUCAUCGAUUUAAUUGUGAAAAUAUCAUGCAUGUUAUUCAUGAUGAUCUGUUACCACUUUUCCAUACCAUGAAGCACUACAGCAACCAAGGAGAAUAUGCUCUGGAUGUAGACAGUCGUAYUGUAUUUAUGGAAGGAUGGAGUCCUGGUCCUUAUUUUGAUUUAUAUAAACUAUUCAGCAAUAAAAGGCCAUUAUUAAAACAAGAUGUGAUUCAAAACAAAAGUUUGAAAUGCUUUCAGCAUGCUGUUGUUGGAAUUUCAAAGGCAACAACUUGGUACCAAUAUGGGUUCAAAACUCCACAGGGCCCUUUGCCUAAAACUCAGGUGACAUCAAAUGAAAUUAAAGAAUUUGUAUGUUUUGUUAAAGAAAGACUUGGUAUUGGCAUUGUUGCUAGGCGUAAACCCUACAUUGUAUUGUUUCUAAGGAAGUACAAUCGUUUAGUUUUGAAUGAGGAAAGUGUUUCCUUAGCGAUGUCAAAGGAAUUCAGUAUGAAAGUUGUGCAAGUUAGUAUGGAGACGCAUACAUUUAUUCAACUAAUAGAAGUCAUAAGUAAUGCAUCAGUACUAGUAGGAAUGCAUGGAUCUGCUCUGAUUCUUUCUAUCUUCCUCCCACCCAGUGCAAUAUUGGUGGAAAUGUUUCCAUUUGCUAUCAACCCAGAGAAUUAUCUACCAUAUAAAACACUUGCUGAAAUUCCAGGAAUGAAUUUAAUUUAUGCAUCAUGGAGGAAUACAUUUCCAGAGAACACUGUCACGCACCCCAAUGAUGAUCCUGAAAUUGGGGGAAUUAGGCACCUACCAAAAGAGGACCAGGAGCUGAUAGAAAGUACCUUAGAAGUGGCUCCUCACAUUUGUUGUAGUAAUCCAUUUUGGUUGUACAGAAUAUAUCAGGACACACUUGUUGAUGAAGUAUCAUUUCUAAAUGUUAUUAAUGACGCCUUUAAUAGAAGUAGAAAUUUGAUUAUAAAUGAUGGAAUAAUCAAACUUUACCCUUCAAAAGUUUUGGACAUAGCUUGCAUACCAAUAAAUGAUACACUCAAGCCAGCUCUCUUCAUCUCGUGGAGACCACCUAUGAAUGUUAAUUACUUUAUAAAUGCUUCUWUAACAUAUGAAGUGUGGAUUCAAAAACCCCAUGAGAAUGACUACACAGCAUAUAUGUUGCCUUUUACACAACAUGUAUUUGGUGAUGGCCUAGAAAGCAAGACUUGUUAUAGGAUAUGGAUUAGAUGUAUUGCCUUUGAUAAUAUGAUAGGUCCAUUUACAUCAUUAGAGUGCUGUACAAUGACAUAAAAAUAGAAAAAAGAAAAAAACAAAAUUUGUAUAAACGAAUUAUUUGUCAGGAUUUCUUUCUCAAGAAAACACAGGGAUCCCAGAUGAAAAAAAGUUGCAAUGCUGGAAAAAAAAAUUAUUGCAAACACUUACAAGUGUGGUUUAUUCUCAUGUGMAAGCAGAGAGAGAUAUUUACUUUAUUUUAGAAGGUUAGGUAAAUGACACUCGGCUCCCAUGGUACUUUAUUUCUUUAAAAUGACAAAAUACAAACUCCAUAUUUGAUUACAAGAGUGCUCACAAAAUAGGUGAUAAAUUACACAAAUUCCUUUGUUUCCUAUUGUAUAAUCAACACUGUUUAGUAGUAAUUAGUAAUAUUUAUUUCACCCUUUAAAGGCUAACACUCUAUUAUUGAUAACAGUGCCACACAAAUCUAGACAUGAUAUUAGCAAUUUAUUAUAUUCUUUUAAU